GCUGUAUCCCCUCCCUCCUGCUAUUGCGUCAUGAAGACCAACUUAUGUAAACAAUGUUCAUUUUCAAGGUUGUAAAAUCGACUUGUCAUUGCCUAUAGCGCUGUUAUUGGACGAAAUACGGGUUGAGUGUUAGUCACAAUGUAUCGACGUGCAGCUUGCAACUUUGUACGCCCCCUUUGGUGUACGAGCCAGAAUGCUAUCAGAAGAUGUGCAACAGAAGCCCCCGUUGUGGUAAAGAAGAAGCGGAGAGUUUUGGCUACAAUUGGGAAGGCUAUUGGUGGUGUGGUUGUAGCGGUGCCAGCAGCUGGAGGAGUGUACUAUGCAUACACCGAUGAUUUGACUAAGAGACAGAUGAGGGUGACAGUUGAGGGAGUAGGAAGAUUCUUCAGGAGUUUGAGAAUUGGUCUGAUGAUCUCCGUGGACUACAAAUGGUCAACUUAUGGCCUGGAUGAAGACAGUGAUCUUUAUUCUGCAGCAUUAUCGGCAGCCCACCAGCGAUCAGCGGAACGAAUUCUCGAUGGCUGUCUCAAGAAUGGUGGAUUGUAUGUAAAACUGGGCCAGGGGUUAGUCUCCAUGAAUCACAUACUGCCAAAAGAAUACCUGGAAACAUUAAAAGCUCUGCAAGAUAGGUGUCUCAACCGCAGAUGGGAUGAAAUUGGCACGCUCUUUCAAGAAGACUUUGGAUGUUCACAUAAAGAAAUAUUUAGUGAGUUUGAUGAUGAGCCCAUUGCAGCAGCCAGUUUAGCCCAGGUAUUCCGUGCUAAGACACACAGUGGCGAAGAAGUCGCCGUCAAAGUGCAAUACAUUGACCUUCAGGAUCGGUUCUGGGGAGACAUCACCACCAUUGAGCUGCUCCUGGAGAUCAUACAAAUAAUGCAUCCAAAGUUUGCCUUGAAAUGGGUUCUCAAGGACCUAAAAGGUACCUUGGAGCAAGAGCUGGACUUCAUUAACGAAGGACACAAUGGGGAGCGCUGUGCUAGAGAACUUUCAAAAUUCAAGUAUGUUCAUGUUCCAAAAGUCCACUGGGAUUGCUGUAGUAAGAGAGUUUUAACAACUGAAUACAUACAUGGAUUCAAGGUUAGUGAUGUAUCAGGUAUGGAGAAGGCUGGAAUAAAUAUCGAAGACGUUGACAAGAAGCUCAUAAAUGCAUUUGCCGAACAGAUAUUCCACACUGGCUUUGUCCAUGCUGAUCCACACCCUGGCAACGUUCUAAUUCGGCCAAGCAAGCGUGGUGACGCCGAGAUUGUGAUCCUUGAUCACGGUCUGUAUCAGUUCCUCCCAACCAGCGUGAGACAGCCAUUAUGUCGAUUGUGGAAAGCUAUUGUGGUUGGUGACCAUAAAAACAUGCAGAAGAAUUCAGCAGAACUUGGCGUACGAGAUGGCUACCGCUUCUUCUGUAUGAUGGUUGCUCAGCGGUAUGUAGCACCCUCGGGGUCAGACAAGUUCGAAAAUGAGUUUUUUGGCCGACGAGGACCAAAAUCAUUCACUCGAGAGGACUGGAAGAAACUGUCCAAACAGGAGAGGGAAAUUAUGAGGAAAAGAAUGGAAGAUACUGGAGAGAAGAUGAGGAAUUCAUUCAAAAACCUCCCAACUGAACUCUUCCUUGUCUUGAGGUAGAUGACGUGGUUUUUAUUUCCGUUUAUCUUAUCCGUUUAACAGUGUACCUGUGCCAGAAUACCUGGUAGCACCCUUA